CUUUAGACUGUUUAAUUUUUGUAAAAUGAAAGUCCUUUGAGAGGAGACGACCAAAGCUUUCAUUAUCUGAAUAUUGGAGCUGGUUACUUCUACUGAUAUUUCUCCAUUAUUAUAUCAUCAAUACUGAAGAAAGUUAUUUUAUUAUCUACACGGAACAAAAUUAUCCUUUCAUAAAAACGAACAAUUCCACGAUUAAAAGUCGUCAAGAUGACUGCUCUUCUCACUACUUUUAUUUAUUUUGCUGCAAUUUUACAAAUCCCUUUUAUCAAUGGGAAAUUCUGUACAUACAAAUUAGGGAGGAAGUAUAAACACACUGAGGAUUGCACGAAGCUUGAACACUGUAAAAACAAAACCUUUGAUGCGACUAGUGGAGCAUGCCGAGGACCUGGGAACCAGUGCGAACCAGGAUGGAUGGGGCCAGAAUGCCAGUAUGUUAACUUGGCUUUUGAAACAUCAAAGGGUGACUUUGCAUUCGACGGACUUAUGAGUACAAGUCGUUUGAUAAGAAGCAGAGAGGAACUUACCUUUCCAGGGGUCUUCGUCGUGUCGGCUGUGAACAUCUUUUUUGAUUCAAACGAUUACCAAACAACGGUAAGAAUAUCAGUCAGCAAGGGCAUAACAGUUUAUGACGGACCAUUGCGGACGGAUUCCACGGUUUAUCUCAAACAUCCUGUGAAAACCAAGAGACUGUUGUUUUCAUUUGAUCUGAAAUUAACGGUGAAGGAAAUUGAGGUUUUUGGAGGUAAAAAUGUGGCUUUGUGGAAAGAAACCUCACAGUCAAGCACUUAUGAAAACAGUUCUCAUUAUGCAUCAGACAAGGCGGUGGAUGGCUGGGACGGCAACCACAACUUUUACAGGAAUACCUGUAUACAUACUCAACCUGAAAGAGAGAAGCCCUUCUGGGGCGUGAUGCUGGGUGGUUUAUACAGAAUAUUGUCGGUGUAUAUAUCAAAUAGAGGUGAUAGAAGUGAACGAAUAAACGGGUUUACUGUACAUGUGAAAACUGUCUCUGGAGAGGAACGUUUGAUUUACAGUGACAAACAACAAAGCAAUAGAAAUGAUAUCUGGAUUGACUCUUCCUACAUGCCUAAUGAAUUAGUAAAUGAGGUUAUAAUAAGGGGUGAUUAUAUCGACCAUGAAAAGAUAAUCAACCUCUGUGAAGUUUACGUUUUAGCUUGUAUUCCCUCAAAGAAUGGAACAGCAGAUUGUCAUCAUUUGUUUCCUGAGAAUUGCCACCCGCCCUUUGACAGAAUAGGUGACAACCGUGCCUGUACAGCUUGUCUCCCAGGAUGGACUGGAGAUUAUUGUGAUAUAAAAAAAGAACAAAGAUACUGCAAUUACCAUGAGGGAAGAACAAUAGACAAUAAAGGAAAUUGCACCCGACAAGAGCACUGCCUUGGGGAAUUUCGAAAUUCCGAUGGACAAUGUUCAUCUCCAAAGAACCAUUGCGAACCCGGAUGGAUGGGACGGGGCUGUCAGUAUGUGAAUUUGGCAUACAGAUCGUCCAACUCCACAGCAAGCCUUGAUGGAAGUUUAAGUACAUCUGAGCAGAUAUUAAAAACAGAAAUUGAAUUUAUUGGAAGUUUUAUAAUAUCGGCCUUGAUUAUUCAUGGUACACAAUCAAACAAUGUGACCAUAAAAACUCCAAAUAACGAAACAUGUUACACUGGUAACAUAAAAGAGGGCUCCUCUAUUGUGUUCUGCAAUUUUAUUGUGAGAACUAAAAGUUUAAUCAUUUCUUUCUUAGAAAAGCAAACUGUUUUGGAAAAAGAAGUUUUUGGAGGACGCAAUGUUGCACUGUGGAAGAGAACCAGCCAGUCAUCAAAUUACAAUAGUGAUUACACAUCUGACAAAGCAGUGGAUGGAUGGGACAGCGGAGGAGAUUUAUUUAAUAACUCGUGCACACAUACGUAUGAGAAACAUGAGUACUAUGGUCCUUCUUGGAAGGUUGAUCUUGGAAGCCCUUAUUCGAUUUUGUCAGUCCGCAUCGCAAAUAGAAACACAUUUGAACAGAGGAUAAAUGGAUUUCGAUUGUUUGGACUAAACUUUACAAACACGAGGCAGUUGAUAUAUUCAGAUCAAGGAAAUGCUACUUCAAGAAGAAGUAUAGUUUGGAUAGACUCGUCAUUUAUGACAUCAUCUUUGUACCACACGAUCAUCAUUGAUGGAGAAUAUCUGGUUAUAUACAACAGCACCUACAAGAUUCUCGCGCUCUGUGAAGUAGAAGUGUUUGGUAUUUAUAGGUUUAUUCCAUUCUAA